UUGCGCCAUUGCACUCCAGCCUGGGCGACAAGAGUGAAACUCUGUCUCAAAAAACACACACACACACACACACAGUUAAAAGUAAUUAUCCAGAGUUGCUUUAGAAUUUACAAGUCACUUAUGUGUUUUGUCUGAAUUAAUCCUGACAGCCCCUAUGAGGAAAUCUGGAGUAACAGUUCCUAUGUUAGAGAUGAAGAACUGAGGCACAGACUAAAGGACUUGCCUGUGUUGAAUACCAGUCCUGUUCUAGGACAUUCUCCCCUCCUCUACGGGACAGAUGUCACACACAAAUGGGGAUAGAAGUGUUUAUUUUGUAGGCGUAAGGGUUUUUAAAACCCUUAACACUGGUAAGGGCUUAAAAACAAAUGUAUAUGUUCAUAUUAAAUUACUGAAAUGAGAGUUAAUUGCUAAUUGACAGAAGUAUUAGCAAUUUCAGUUAGGGAGUCAUCUCCCUUGAUUUUGUUCUUUUCCUGUCGAUUUUCAUAGAACUAAUUUGCAAACUCAAUCGGGGACUAAAAUUUCCCACUGAAAAUGUUAAACAUUUUAGAUAACUGUGAAAAUAGUUUAUUUUUAUUCCUUGCCAAUCUGGGAAUAUGCCUUUUAUGUGUGUUUGUGUGUUUUUUUAAGUGCUGUAUUAAUAAUACUUUCUGAAAGAAAAGGACACUUAUCCCAAAACUUCAAUCUGAAAUGUCUUACAUUAAGAAUAUCUUGAAUGUUGUGUAUAUAUUUUAAAAAGCACUUUGCAAAAUAGUUUGUACAUUUAUUUCCUAAUUUAUACAUGAUUUUUGGUGUUAAUAUAUUUAAUGAUUAAUAACAGAAUAUUUAAUGUGUUGUCCAUUUUUAUGUAAUAUUGUGAUGGAAAGUGAUGCCAGCAAUUCCUUCUCAUUAACUUAUUCUAUCUUCUGUCCUAUGAAUGUUGAGAAAAGCUUAGGCUAACAUGAAUUGUUUGUGAAGUGUGGUUGAUGGUGCUUUGUUUUUUUCUGACUACUUCUAUGGAAGGCCAGUGGAGAAGCAAAGGAAGAUGUGAAAAUUGACGCUCAUUCUUCUUCUUGUUCCCUGACAUCCAGCAAAUUGUGAAUUUGAAAAAUGAUGACCACAAUUUUCAGAAGGGCUGACAAAUUCAUAUUGGUAUGCAAAAGCUCAUCACCCAUUAGGGUUUGUUGUUGAAUCGACAGUACUUAGCAUAUUAAAACAGUACAUCAGAACUCAUGCCAAGAGUCUUUAUGAAUGGGAUUAAGGUGGACGAGAUCUGAAAAGAAACCUUAAUACACUCAUAUGGUUGGAGUCUUAAGUAAACCUCUGAUUUUGUCAGAGUUUUUCUACGUAUAGGCUUGAAUAGGGGGCAUCCCUUCAAAACUGUACAAAGAAGACUGUUUUCCAUUUAAAAAUUUUUAGCCACUUCAUUUCUAUUUAUUGAACAGGUCAAAUUUGUCUUGUUAUUUGUGAGUACAGUACAUUUAAAAAACAUCCUUAUCGGUUAAUUUUUUUUUUCAGCCGGAGAUUGACGUAUAAAUUGUUCAUGCUUUUGGUGUAAUCUCUUAAUAAACUGGUUCUUCAAAAAUCAUCCUAUAAAGUGGGUUUUCAUGAAGUUAAUGGGAUUUUGGUGUGAUUUGUUUUGCAAAUACUUACUACCAAGACCCGGUAGAUUGUCACCUUGGCUCCUGGGCAGUCCCCGUGCGUCCGCGCCGCAUUCCCCGCGGCGGGAAGGCGGAGCCAGAGACAGGGCGGUGGGGACGGCGUCCUGGGGCUGCCCUGCGGUCCCCACUGCCUGCUCUGCGUUGCCCAGUAGCCUCCUCGGGCAAGGGCGGUGUCCUCAUCAGACCUGGGAGGCUCCGCAAACGCCGGAGGGGUCGGAGGAGCUGGGGGUCCCUGGACACCGGGUGGAACGGGCGGGGCGGCUGUCCUUGUGUUCGGGCAGCGAGGGCGCCGGCGAAAAGCGCGGGUGCAGCUGAGCGCUCCGCAGCCUUCCCACUGUUCCUCCUGCUCCGGCUCCUAGGGACAAGGUCCCUCCUCGGUUCCGCCGGCGUAUCUUCUGCACCUGCGCACUAGGCAGGGCUUGGCGCUGCCCAAGCCGAGAGGCCCCGGAAGUGGUCGGCCGCUUGCGACGCCCCGGAAGUGACGUGCUCUCCCGAGCCGAAAUCCUGCUCCCAAGUCACAGAUAGGCUGACGGGUCAGAGGACAAGACGUGACCCAGGGCCGAGAGGGGGCCAUGUCACCUGCAAGGCUUUUCUCAGCAAGAUUGAGGACCGUGUUUGAGGACGUGGGGCAUUGGGCUUUGUCCACACGGGCUGUCCUCGAGCCCAGCCGGCGACUGCCACAGCAGGCUUCUCCCAGGCUACUCUCGGUCGGCCGUGCAGACCACGCCAAGCGUCAGGAACUCCCGGGGAAGAAGCCGCUCUCUGAGAAAAAGCUGGUGAGACUUCUGGAGUCAGAGCAGCUUGCCUGUCUCCUCCUCAGAAGGCACAGGGUGUGGUUUUGGGUCCUCCUCUUGAUCUCAUCUCUGAGACGUCGCAAUAUGGCCGUGGUUGCCAUAACACAAAGCGGGACUGAGAAUUCUGUUCUCGCUUUAGUUGACCAGCAAGUCAAGUCCCUGUCGUCGGUCCUGUCACGGUACCAGGGUUUCAGUGGAGAAGAUGGCGGCAGUAAAAACUGCUUCGGGCGCAGUGGCGCCGUCCUCUACGUCCAGGUCCCCGUGGGCACGCUGGUGAAGGAGGGAGGCAGAGUCGUGGCCGACUUGUCUCGCGUGGGAGACGAGUACAUCGCCGCACUGGGCGGGGCAGGAGGGAAAGGCAACCGCUUCUUCCUGGCCAACGACAACCGUGCCCCUGUGACCUGUACCCCUGGACAGCCAGGACAACAGCGAGUUCUCCACCUAGAGCUCAAGACGGUGGCCCACGCCGGGAUGGUGGGAUUCCCCAAUGCCGGGAAGUCCUCACUGCUCCGGGCCAUUUCAAACGCCAGACCCACCGUGGCUUCCUACCCGUUCACCACCCUGAAGCCCCACGUCGGGAUCGUCCACUAUGAAGGCCACCAACAAAUAGCAGUGGCCGACAUCCCUGGCAUCAUACGAGGCGCCCACCAGAACAGGGGUCUGGGGUCCGCCUUCCUCAGGCACAUCGAGCGCUGCCGCUUUCUCUUGUUCGUGGUGGAUCUUUCUCAGCCUGAGCCAUGGACUCAAGUUGACGAUUUAAAAUAUGAACUGGAGAUGUAUGAAGAGGGCCUGUCUGAGAGGCCCCAUGCAAUCAUCGCAAAUAAGAUUGACCUCCCUGAAGCCCGAGCCAAUCUGUCCCAGCUCCGGGAUCACUUGGGACGGGAGGUCAUUGCGCUGUCAGCGCUGACUGGUGAAAACCUGGAGCAGCUGCUGCUGCACCUGAAGGUGCUGCAUGACGCCUAUGUGGAGGCCGAGCUGGGCAAGGGCCGCCAGCCGCUCAGGUGGUAGCCAUGCCAGAGCGGGGUCGCCUCUGGGCCUCCCUGUCUGAGCAAACCUGGAUGUGAACGAGGUGGCUUUGAAUGCAUAAAGAAAGUGCCUUGUGGACAC